AUGGCUCAGCCGGGCAUGGUGGCUCACACUUGCCAUCCCAGCACUUUGUGAGGCCAAGGAGGAGGAUCACUUGAGGAGGUGAGGGACAUUGGAGAGAGGCGGGAGCCGGACCGUGUGCAGCAGCAGCCUCAGAAGCCCGUGGUGGCUGCAGGGACACAGAACCUCAGGAAAUUCCGGCAGGGCUUCAUGAAGUGCUUGCUGGAGGUGGAGAAAGUGGAAGCCUCCCAUCGGAGAGCCUUGAAGGCCCGGUCCCUGACAGCCCAGAAGUCCCCCAGGACCCCAACCCCAGUGCCCACCUCAUCCCCAAGCCUGCCUCAGACCCCUGCCUCGGCCCCUGCCAGUGGCCCAUCGUGGGCCAGGCUGUCAGCUCCUGGGCCAGAGCCUGCCCCCGUGGGAGCCCCGGUCCCCACCUCCACGCCUUGCCCUGUCCUGCUGUGCCCCGCCCUGGACCCGGGCUGGAGAAGGAUGGAGCUCUUGCACCACAGCAGCGAGAGAACCCUGAGCUACGCCAAGGCACGGCAGGAGCCGGAAGAGCAGAGCCUCCAAAAGCUGUAUCAAAACCGGGAAAAGUCCGAGGAGCAACUGACCCUGAAGCAAGAGGAAGCCUUCCGCAGCUACUUUGAGAUCUUCAAUGGCCCUGGUGAGGUGGAUGCACAGAGCCUGAAGAACAUCCUGCUCCUAAUGGGCUUCUCUGUGACGCCGGCCCAGGUGGAGGAUGCCCUGAUGAGUGCUGAUGUCAAUGGAGAUGGUCAUGUGGAUUUCAAAGACUUCUUGGCUGUGAUGACAGACACCAGGCGCUUCUUCUGCUCUGUGGAACAGAACGCCCUGACGGACAUGGCUCCCCACAACCCCCACACUCUGCUCUUUGAGAUCCUGUCCCUGCUGGUAGAGAUGCUGGCCUUACCAGAGGCAGUCUUAGAGGAAAUCACAAACUACUACCAGAAAAAGCUGAAGGAAGGCACCUGCAAGGCCCAGGAGAUGGAAGCGGCCAUAGGCCGGCUGCGGUUGCAGAAGCAGCUUCCCUAUAACCCCCAGCAAGAAGAGAGCUCAGAAGUCCCAGAACGAAAGGUCCUCAGUAUCCUCAGCCGGCUGAAGCAGCAGAACUAUGCUCCCAACCUGCAGAGCCCCUAUGCCCAGGUGCCCUGCAUCCCGCUCUGCCCACGGAUGGACAAGAAGAUGGUCCGCAGGAAGCCGACCAACCACUAUGUGCAAGACCACUGCACAACCCCUGGCCUGGAUCCUGACAUCCGUAGCCCCUUCUUCCAGUCACGAUCUCAAGGAAACAGGGAACACAACUCUGACAGCAGAAAGUGGCCCAGCUCUGUGCCUUCUCGAACCCACUGA